UUGAACAAUGAAGAAUGGAAGCAGGCAUUCAAAAAUCAAACUUGAUGAAUUAAUCGCCUAACUUUUCUAUCUCUGCUUCUCUCUUCACCAAAUUAAAGACCAAAGCCAGAGCAACAGCAGAAGCAUCUGAGGGAGAAAAAGAAAGCUCCUUCCUCACUCCACUACUCUAUCUCUCUCUCUCAUCUGGCCUUUCUCAAAUCAAAAAUCCAAAGCUAAAACAAAGGGGCAAAGGAGAAAGAAAAAGGAAGCUCCUUCCUUCUCCCUGCGCGCGCUCUCUCUCUCAUAUGAUGAUGCCCAACUACCUCCCUAGCCCCGCCUUUUCUCUUCUUUUACUCGCAACCCUCCGUACGUAAAUAUGCCCGUCGUCUUCUCACUCCAUCCGUCAAAUCGAAAUCUUGCUUUUUCUUUCUCCAAAAUGGCGGAUUGAUUUGGAAAAAUGUCCAAGUCGAGAGCUUUAUAGCACUGGCUUUCUUUAGCUAAAACGGUACCCGGGAUUCCUGGUGAUAGCAGAGGCUUCAGGCCACUUAUUGCUGCUUUCUGCUUCUUGUGCUUGCCGCUGAAUGUUUUGAAGCGAAUGCCUUCACCGCUAGGAAAGCGGUUUCUUUCUUCUCCAUCUGCCUAGGGUUUUUGGUGGGCGGGGGGUUUCGCGGCUGGUUUCUUCUUACUGUUUUAAGGAAUGGCGGAAGGUGAAGGAGGAGUAGGAGCGAAAGUCCGAGUCGUUCGCUGCCCCAAAUGCGACAAGCUUCUACCUGAGCUCGCCAAUUUCACUGUCUACCGCUGCGGCGGUUGCGACGCUACACUUCAAGCAAAGAAGCAACCUACAGUCUUUGAAGCCUCCCCGGAGAAGUCUGAUGGAGACGUGAGUAAAUGCUCCGAGAAGAACUCAGAAGUUGAUGUGGAGAGUGAUAGGCUUGAAUUUAAGAAGAAGCAACAGUUGAACAAAACUUGUGAUGAUAGUUUGAUUAGCGGGAAUAUGAAAAGAGAUAGCUUGAAAGAAGGAGAAUCGCCAAGAAUGGACAGUCUUCCAACAAUCAAACCUGAGGCCAGAGAUGGAAAUUUUCAGCAUCGAUCAAUGGGUUACUCUACUAGUCCUGGUGACAAUGUGGAUGGAUUGGUAAAAAGAAAGAUGGAAGAGAUUCGUGAAACCAAAGCUCAGGUCUUGUUUUCAAAUGGGCAUUCUAAAUUUCGGCCAACAAAAGCUUGGGAAGGUGAAGAAUUGAACAACCUGCCGACUUUCCGAGGAACACCAAAGCUUGCCAUGGGAGAUGCUCAGACAGCUUCUUAUCCUGUUGCUGGUCCAUCAAACUACAAUUGUAAUCUUAGUCACAUGAAUUCUGAGGGUGCUGCCAAAAGGCAGAACUUAGAGGGUUCUGACCGAGUUGAGCUUCUCGAACAGGACAGAGCUGAACUGCUGAGAAAGCUUGAUGAGUUGAGAGAUCAAAUCAAACUAUCUUGUGAAGUUGUUGACGCACCGAAAGAAAGAGUUCCUGCGAACAACAUGUCAUCCUCUUUGAAUUCUCAUGGCCACAAUGGUAGAGGUAGCUGGUUUCCUGAUGGUUCUUCCGCAUUGAAUCGUAAUUCUUCGCAGCAUUCUUCUUUCUCUAAUGGGCACAAUGUGGAUAUGCCUCGAUUUUAUCCGGCGGCGGCGCAUUUGCAGAAUGGUGUUCAUGGUUACAGAGAGAAUUCUAGGCCAUAUUCAAUUGCUCCCUGUAACCUCCAAGGUCAGUAUCCACAGAGAUCCUCCAACAGCUACAUCUAUGGGCAGUUAGAUCCAGAUCCAGUUAGCUCUUAUCAUAAUGAUGGCUUCUAUCAUCAACCUGCUUGUGCUUGCAUGCAUUGCUAUGCUGGUCACUGGUUGCCGCCGGCACAAGUUACAUCCUCUUUUCUUAGUAAUCUGAGGGUUCCGCCAUGUCCUUUAGGAAAUCAUGGUUUCUAUGCGGCUGAUGGUCCUUCCAUGUUUGGAUCACAAGCUUAUAACCAUAGAAUUCCCAAAGCCCCUUUGCAUCCUUAUGAGCCACGCAAUCUGCCUAAAGCUGCCUUCACCAGGAAAGAAAGACGACCUUGUCGCCCUGUUGCUGGUGCGGCUCCUUUCAUAGUAUGCUACAAUUGCUCUGAACUGCUUCAAAUUCCUGAAGAGAUUCUGCAGAUGGGGAAGCACCGUCAUAAGCUUCGCUGCGGUUCAUGCUCUCAAUUGAUUUCGUUCGAGCUUGAUGGAAGAAAGCUGUUUUCUUCCAACAAUGUAUCUAAUUUGCCGGCGACUCCGGAGAACAAAGUUGAUCUCAGUGAUGGCUCAAAAGAUAUACUGCAAUGUCAUGGCAACAUCAACCGACGCCAAAUUAUUUCAUACUCCAUUGAUUAUGAUAGCCCAAACUACUUUGAUGUUCGAUCAGCAGAUGAGAAGAUUGUUAUGCCUGCUUUUCCUGUUUCAAGUAAUGAAGUAGUAGAAAAAGAGUGUGGACUUAAUCUAAGUGAUUCUGAGAAAUUGCAUGGGCUUUGUUCAUCAUCCAGCACUUCUGGUGGUGUGGAAAGUCCAGAUAGUGUGAUUUGCCCCAGAGAUGCUCCCAGUUCUACAGAGCUUCCUGUAGAAGUUGAUUCCAUCACUCGAGUUCCAAGUUUGCCUCUUCGUGAGCAUUUUGGUUACUCUUCUGGUAAUAAAAUAGUUGAUGAUCCUGGGAGUGGAAGUAGGAGCAAACGCUCUGAUCAGGAGAGGGUUACUUCAUAUACAGGAAAUUUCAAACAGAAUUCUGUAAAAGAUGUACCUGUGGCUACUGAGAUGGACUUUUCAGCUGAAGAUUAUCCAAAUGCUGGGUUCUCUCAAGAUUCUUGGGAUGUAAGCAAAGAAGAAGAGGAGCCUCGGUUUAAUAAGGGUGGAGAUUCUUUCCUCACAGGCCUUAUCAAGAAAAGCUUUAAGGAUUUCUCUCCAUUCAGUCAAUCAACAGAAAGUGGGAGGUCUAAAGUUUCAGUGAAUGGGCGUUCUAUCUCUGAUCGUUUGGUCAAAAGGGCUGAAAAGCUUGCUGGACCUAUCCAUCCUGGGUAUUAUUGGUAUGACUACCGUGCUGGAUUCUGGGGCGUGAUGGGACAUGCAUGUCUUGGAAUAAUUCCUCCAUUUAUUGAGGAGUUCAAUUAUCCCAUGCAAAAGAAUUGUGCUGCUGGAAAUACUGGUGUUCUUGUGAAUGGGAGAGAGCUUAAUGAUAAAGAUUUAACGUUGCUUGCUAGUAGAGGACUUCCAGUUGCUCAAGGCAGGUCUUAUAUUAUUGAAAUUUCUGGUAAAGUUUGGGAUGAAGAAACUGGUGAAGAGCUUGAUUGUCUCGGCAAACUUGCACCUACAGUUGAAAGAGUAAAGCGCGGAUUCGGCAUGCGAGCUCCGAGAGUUCAUUCUUGAUUUUUUCCAUGCACCAAAUGGGCUUCCAUCCAGUUAUAUCACCCAGAACAACUGGUAAACAUCCACCACUGGAGAUUUCUUUAGUUAGUGUUUGUUUGAUAAAUGUUCAAAAAAUCUGCUUAUAAGCUUUGCUUUCUUAGUUGUUUAAUCUACAGUGGCAUGGUGCCAGAAAAAGGGUUUCUUUUUGUCAUUUCAUGUUUUAAUUUGUUGCCAGUUGCUUUUAGCCAUAUAUCUAUGUGCUUGAUUGUAACUUUGUUCUUAUGUCUAUUUUUAGCUUUCAUCAGUAAAUCUUAAUGGUUUAUACUUGUUAUAUGUGAUAA